GAGGGGAGCCCCGGGAGCGCGAGCCGCGGCCGGCGCCGCUGCAGAGCCGAGCGAAUCCACAGCCCGGGCAGCAGGGCACCACAUUUGUAUGCCUUAUAGAACCCACGCUUGGACAUGCUGAUGUCAGGCUUCAAGACAGCUGAGCCCCACUAGACACCCAAAAAACCCAUGGCUCUGGUUGCAUCUUUCAACAUGACCAGUCCACAGCCUGCCACAGAAGGAGGAACUUCCGAAGUUGAGAUCAUCUCCCAACAAGUAGACGAAGAAACCAAGAGCAUUGCUCCCGUGCAGCUGGUGAACUUUGCCUAUCGGGACUUGCCCCUGGCUGCGGUUGACCUCUCCACGGCGGGCUCGCAGCUCCUGUCAAAUCUGGACGAAGAUUACCAAAGAGAAGGGUCUACCUGGCUGAAGCCGUGCUGUGGGAAGAGAGCAGCCGUGUGGCAGGUAUUUUUGCUCAGUGCAAGUGUCAACAGUUUCCUGGUAGCCUGUGUAAUAUUGGUGGUGAUUCUCCUGACUCUGGAACUUCUAAUAGAUAUAAAGCUUCUCCAGUUUUCCAGUGCAUUCCAGUUUGCUGGCGUGAUACACUGGAUCAGUCUGGUCAUUCUCUCAGUGUUCUUCUCAGAGACUGUUCUUCGGAUUGUGGUGCUCGGGAUCUGGGAUUACAUUGAAAACAAAAUAGAGGUGUUUGACGGGGCUGUGAUCAUCCUGUCCUUGGCCCCGAUGGUGGCGUCCACUGUGGCUAAUGGGCCCAGGAGCCCUUGGGAUGCCAUCAGCCUCAUCAUCAUGCUCCGGAUCUGGCGGGUGAAGAGGGUCAUUGAUGCCUACGUCCUGCCUGUGAAGGUGGAGAUGGAGAUGGUCAUCCAGCAGUACGAGAAGGCCAAGGUCAUCCAGGACGAGCAGCUGGAGAGACUGACGCAGAUCUGUCAGGAGCAAGGGUUUGAGAUCCGGCAGCUGCGGGCGCACCUGGCGCAGCAGGACUUGGACCUGGCGGCCGAGCGCGAGGCGGCGCUGCAGGCCCCUCACGUGCUCAGCCAGCCGCGCAGCCGCUACAAGGUGGUGGAGGCCGGCACGUGGGCCGAGGAGACCGCGGACGAGAGCGUCGUGGAGGAGCUGCAGCCCGCGCAAGAAGCUGCAGUGAAAGAUGACAUGAACAGCUACAUCAGCCAGUACUACAAUGGGCCCAGCAGUGACAGCGGUGCCCCAGAGCCAGCUGUGUGCGUGGUCACCACGGCGGCCAUAGACAUCCACCAGCCCAUUUCCUCUGACCUCUUUUCUGUCGAUGUGCCCCUGAAACUUGGCAGCGAUGGUACCUGCGCCAGUGCCACCUCUGAGAGCGCCUCCCGCUCCACUCACGGCUCCGUCACCCGGGCCCAGAGCGACAGCAGCCAGACGCUGGGCUCCUCCACGGACUGCAGCACCGCCCGCGAGGAGCCGUCCUCUGAGCCUAGCCCCUCCCCCCUGCCACUGCCGCCACCACCUCAGCAGGAGAUGGCAGAGGCCACAGUCCAGGACCUGUUGUCCUCCCUGUCAGAGGACCCCUGCCCAUCCCGGAGGGCCUUGGACCCAGCCUCCCUUGCCCGGCCCAGCACAGCGGGCUUGGCCCAAACCAGCCCCGAGCUGGAGCACAGGGUAAGUCUGUUCAACCAGAAGAACCAGGAGGGCUUCACUGUCUUUCAGAUCAAGCCUGUCAUCCAUUUCCAGCCUGCUGCACCUGUGCUGGAGGAGAAGUUCAGAUCUUUGGAAUCCAAAGAGCAGAAGUUGCACAGGGUCCCUGAAGCCUAGAGCCUGCGGGCAGGCUGGCAGGGAGUGGGGCAGAC